CGCCUCCCGGCGCCCGCCGCGGAGGAAGGAUUCUAGCUACCCGGAGUCCCGGGAGGUGGAUUUGGCACCCUUACCCGGCCGCAGUCAGGGCAGCCACACAGCUUUUCUGCAUGGAGCCCGCGGAGCGUGCACAGGCGGCGCGGGACCGUGUCCCCAGGAUUGAUCCAUAUGGAUUUGAAAGACCUGAAGACUUUGAUUAUGCAGCUUAUGAAGAAUAUUUUUCCACUUACCUGGUGAUACUCACUAGAAGAGCAAUAAAAUGGUCUAAACUUCUAAAGGGAAGUAGUAGUGUUCAGAAAAGUAUGACAGUGAAGCGCUACAUCCGGAAAGGUGUUCCCCUCGAGCACCGGGCCCGCGUCUGGAUGGGGGUGAGUGGAGCCCAGGCCCAGAUGGACCGGAACCCUGGCUAUUACCACCGACUUCUCCAAGGAGAGAGGAAUGACAGCCUAGAGGAAGCCAUCAGGACAGAUCCUUAGUAUCUCUAUAAAGUUCUACUAAAAUUUCAUUCUGGAAUUAUGCAAGUUUUAGGGAAGACCAAGGGUAAUGGAAAAUUAGUAGUUAGUAGCCCAACAAUUAUAGAAUCUCAUGAUGGUGUAAAACUUGACGUGAAUUUCUGUGUCUCAUUUUUCUAAUUUCAGGGAAUGAAUUUUAUAGCGGGAUAUCUGAUUCUUAUCACGAAGAAUGAAGAAGAAUCCUUUUGGCUGUUAGAUGCUCUUGUUGGAAGAAUACUACCUGAUUACUACAGCCCUGCAAUGCUGGGUCUGAAGACGGACCAGGAGGUCCUGGGGGAGCUGGUGAGGACCAAGCUGCCGGCGGUGGCAGCCCUGAUGGAUGGGCACGGUGUCCUGUGGACUUUGGUUGUGUCACGCUGGUUUAUCUGCUUGUUUGUGGACAUCCUGCCCGUGGAGACGGUGCUUCGAAUCUGGGAUUGUUUGUUCAACGAAGGCUCAAAAAUUAUCUUCCGGGUGGCCCUGACCCUAAUUAAGCAACAUCAGGCUUUUAUUUUGGAAGCCACCAGUGUUGCAGACAUUUGUGAAAAGUUCAAGGAGAUCACCAGAGGGAGUUUUGUGACUGAAUGUCACACUUUUAUGCAGAAAAUAUUCUCAGAGCCUGGAAGCUUGUCCAUGAACACCAUCGCCAGGCUUCGAGAGAACUGCAGGGCCAAGCUACUGGCACAGGGCUGACUUGGACAUUCUCCCCUCGGCACCGACCACGAGGCUUCAUUUCCAGAGUUGACCAAUUUUUACUGCUUUCCUUUUUAGUGCUGUAAAUACUUGAUGUCUCUACAUUUUGGAGGUGAAUUUUUUAAAAGAGCAAUUUAAAAUCAUGUCAUUCUGUAACUGAGCUGCGAAGUCAUAGAUUUCUAAAAGUAUAUUUUUACCUGAGACAAUAAUAUAUAAAAUGUGAGAUGUGCGUUUGUAUUUAAUAAAGUAUGUCAACACCUGUGGGUUUGUGAUUAUCACUUGUCAGCCAACUGAAAAUUAAAAUCAGUGAACUGUUA